AUGACGGCGCCAAUCACUUCAGCAUGGAAAAUUAUUCCAACUUUCGAAUCAAAAUCAAUACAGAGGACUCUCGAUUUCUAUGUCGACUUUCUUGGGUUCGAAUUGGGCGGGGUAAAGCCAGAGGACGGGCCGUCUUCAGAUUAUACUUUCUGCUCAAUCUUUGCAGGGGACAAAGCAGCAGCCAAUAUCUACUUCUUUAAACCUGAUGGUGAGGUCAAACCAGGGUCGGCAUAUAUCGCACUGGGUACAGAGCAGUUGGACAUGCUGCAUGAUACUGUCAAGGGUCAGAGAAGUGAGGUGAUUGAAGAAGCGAUUGAAGAUAAGCCGUGGGGUUUUCGGCAGUUCGCUAUCAAAGACCCUGAUGGCAAUAAGUUGACAUUCUUCAAGUUUCUGGAGGGCGGCAAUCCAGGCACGGAAUAA